UACUAAAAGCGGUUUAAGAUGAAUCGAAAACCUUUUUGUCACGUUGUGUUACUGUUAACACUCGUGAAAAAUAUAAGUUGCGAGCACAGAAGAACGAAGAGAAUAGUGGGUGGUGUUGCAGCUAAUUUCCCUCCUUAUGACGACCCGACAGUGUUUGUGAGGUUUAAUGGUCGAGCCGCUCGUGUACAAGGGAGCAGAGAAUUUCCGCAUUACGUUUUUAAGGGUAUAAAGUACGCUCAUCCGCCAAUAGGUAGAGACCGCUUUUUGAGACCGCGAGAAAAAUUUCUGGAAGGUACUGUGCGAGCAACCACAUAUUCCCCACCCUGCGUUCAGUUUAUUCCAGGAAAAAACAUAGUUAUUGGUAGCGAAGAUUGUUUGGCGUUGAAUAUUUUUACUCCGGACCUUCCAUCUGGAACAGAAGGACUUCCAGUCAUCAUUUGGAUACACGGCGGAGGCUUUCGCACAGGUUCCGCUUCACAAUAUGGGGUUCGGCAUUUAGUCAGUAAAAGACUUGUGGUGGUCACAAUACAAUACAGAUUGGGAUCUCUUGGUUUUUUAAGUUCAGGUUCGAAACACUUACCAGGAAAUGCAGCGCUCUGGGACAUGGCUCUGGCGGUGCAGUGGGUCAGAAAUUACAUAGGAUUUUUUGGAGGAAAUCCUCACAGAAUUGUGGUGAUGGGACAUGGCACGGGAGCAAGCAGUGCCUUGUUGGUAGCCCUUUCAAAAAUAGCGAAAGGUUUACCGAACUCUGUUAUAGCAAUGUCAGGUACCGCUAUCUCAAGAUGGAGUAUCGAUAAUGCACCACUAAAUACGGCUCAUGCGAUAGCGGAAGAAAACGGAUGUCCCACAGCGUCCAUUUUAACAAUGGUUAAAUGUUUACAAAAGUUGCCAGCAGAAUCGAUAGUACAGGGAGAUUCGAAUAUAGAGUUCGCGAGGCUUCAGGAACGAGGAUUCGUAUCUGGAUUAGAUGGAAAAUUAGGGCCUACACCCGUAACUGAAGGGGUAAACGAUGGAAGAUCGCUUCCUGGACUUGUGGAACACGAUCCGAUAAGAUCGUUACACGCCGGAGAUAAUCCAAAAAUUCCCUUACUUACCGGCGUUACCAAAGACGAAACCAAAAGGGCCGUUUUAGGUCAAUUUAACAGCGAAACAAUAUCAAAAUUGAGACAGACCGCGGAAAACAUAAACAACAAAUUAGUUGAAAGUUUGAAGUACGGCAUUGGUUUAGUCAGAUAUAAUAGAAAAUACACCAACGGCAGUGGCGAAGAUCUGGGGCAAGGAACGCAAAAUUGGAUUCCGUUAGAAUUCAAUAACUAUUUCAAAGCUCCAAAAAAUGACAUUAGCGGCCAAUUAAAUAAAAUUGCGGAAGUCACAGGCGAUGCACUUUUCAACGUCCCGGCUUUUCUGACGGCUCAGUUUUGGAAAGGGGCUCCGGCUUUCCUCUAUAGCUUCGAACAUAUCGGGAAAAUGAACCGCGGCUCGUCUUUCUUGAAAGGGAUCCCUAUUUUAGGAAAUUUUAGUACCGCAGGGUGAACCAUGGACCUAAGUACUGGUACAUUCCUUUACAUGAAUUUGACUGAUAGAAGAAUGAGUGUCAUCAGAAAAGGACAAAAGAUUAAAGAAAGAACCAGCGGGAAAAAAAGGAUCAAAAAAUACUUAGCGAGCAAUGCGGUCACUGACAAGUGACUCCAUGGCCGCUAUUUUUAAUAAUAUCUCCAAUUUAAAUAGAAAAAGGGGUUGACUUAGUUGGUCCUUCAGCUUCAUCUUCUCAUCAGAAGUGCAGCUUUUGGCUCGAUCAUCAGGCAUAAUCCAAGAAUGAUCACCAGUUACGACAUUUCCUACAACUGAAGAAUACAAUAUUGAACAAAGUAAAAGUAUAUCUUGAAGUCGAGUGAGCUCGAUUAUGAUACGAGGGCAGCGCCAAAAUUUCCCGGCCUGAAUAUGAAUGAAACAAAGCAGAGUAACAAUUUUUUAUUAUUUUUAAAUAUAAUCCCCCUUAACUGCAAUACACUUAUUACAUCUCUUUAUUCACAACUCAAUCCCUUUAAAAAAAUAUUCUUUUGGUUUGUCUGCAAAAUGAGCUAAAACAGCCUCUUUAAACUCAACUUCGUCGUUAACCCGCCGUCCAGGUAAUUCCUUUUUCAAGUCUCCAAACAAAUAAUAGUCGCUGGGGGCCAUAUCUAGACUAUAGGGAGGAUGAUCUAUCUGUUGGAACCCACACUGUAAAAUGGCAGCUUGUGUAACACCAGCAGUAUGGACAGGUGCAUUAUCGUGCAAAAGACGCACGCCGCUGGUCAGUUUUCCUCGACGUUUUACACGUAUGCAGUCUCGCAAUUUAUGUAAUAAUGUUGGGUAAUAUUUACCAUUGACUGUGGUAUUAGUUUCUUUAAAAUCUAUCAAAAGAAUUCUUCACAAUCACAAAAGAUCGUGUCCAUCACCUUUUUUGUUGACUGGCAGGCUCUGAAUUUUCUUGGAGGCGUUUCACCCUUACGACGCCACUCCAUGGAUUCUUUUUUCAAUAGAGGGUCAUAAUAGAAAACCAUAGUUUCAUCUCCAUCACAAUAGUUUCUAUCACGGGCUUCGGUUCCGACCCACAGAGUUCCAAAAAAGACCGCGCACACUCGGCACAGCGUUGUUUGUGAAUAGCCAAAAGGUUUUUAGGAACCCAUCUUGCACUAACCUUAUGCAUACCUAAAUGAUCAUGCAGGAUUCGACGAACACUUGUAUCAGAAAGCUUAGUAAUUUCUGAGAUUUCCUUGACGUCUAAAAGUCGAUCACUCAAUCACCUCUUCCACAAUCGCAACAAUAUCUUCCGUUAUGACCUCCACUGGUCGACCAGUUCUUGACUCAUCUUAAAGGGACUCCUGCCACAUUCGAAAACGUUUUGCCCAUUCUUUCGCUACAGAAUACGAAGGAGAACUUUGGCCGUACACACAAUCCAGUCUUUCUUUAAUAAUUGUAAGUGCUAACCCUUCUUUUGUCAAAAACUUUAUGACUUCUCUUUACUCAAUUUGCGUUAUUUGAGACAUUUUUUCGGAUACUUGUUUAAAAUGCUGUCAAUAAAAAACUGUUUGACGCAAGACUUCAAUUUUUUUUUCGCAGCCUACUAAGAUAUAUAUUUAAAAGAAGACAAAGUUUUAUCGUGAUACUGGCGCUGCAUCUAUUUCAGGCCGGGAAAUUUUGGCGCUAACCUCGUAUAUAGAGCAAUGCAAAACCUGGGUUUUAUGAUACGCAACAGUAAUCGACUGCUUCGAGCUGCUUCCUUAAUGUCCUGGGGAAAUUAAUAUGCAUCAGUGGUAUGGUGGUCUUCGUACUAUGCCUGUCAUAUAAAUAUUCCGUAAAUCACGAAAGAAUACAAUUUCGUCAGUAAUUUAUUUUCUAGUUGAAACAAUAAAAAACUUGCUGUCAGUUUUACAGAUUAGACUUUCUGAAAGCUGGAAAGUGGAAAGUUUGUGGUUUUUCGUUAGCUUGUUCACUUUUCCAUAUAAAUUGUUUGCUAUCAUUUAAAUCUGUUUUAUUUUUCAAACAAAAAUUUUUUCGUGGUCUAGUAAUUAAGGUACCUACAUACCGUAAAAACGCGCAACAGGGUCAAAUAUUUAAAGAUAUUCUAACCACAUUUUUUCUGUAAGUGCUCAAAAAAAGUUGAAAAUCUCAAAAAUAUAUUAAAAUAUAUAUAUAGUCGAUAACCUAGGAAGUUAUUUAGAUUUUAAUGUGUUCUUUAAUAUUUUGAGAUUUAUAGCUGCAUAUGUACAGUAAAAAUGUGCAUAAGGGCUUGAAUACUUACAAUCUAAAACCCUACGUUGGUCCUUAAAAUAUAUGCAUGUAAAAGACCGGUUUUAAACUGUCACAAGGUCACAAUUAGCAACAGUUCUUUGCAGAGGUUUUAAAUUGAAAAUAGCUGAUAACCAAAGAAAGAUAUCUUUUCUAGCAAACCAAUGUUUCAUUGCUUCGAACUAUUUUUUUAGAAAUUACUAAUAUGUCAACCUUUCCUCUCGUCUGGGCAAGAUAAUUUAAUAAAAAUUGUAAGAAGACCACUGGACUUUCAAGGGAAGCGAUUUACUGUCGUCCAUGCAGGGAGUGAAAAUGGAUUUGUUGAUGGAGCAAGAUUGGUGUUUUCUUCUGGUUAAACGAAAAAUUACUUUAAUUUUAGAAGAGCCGGUCAGUUUUAAUUACAUUACCUUACCUCUGCCCUUCUCUCUAAAAAUUUCCACAUUAAGGAUAUUAACCGUCCCAUCACUUCACCACAACCUUCCAAUAGCAAUGAAGCCGAAAGCAAUCCCACACUUGCCACUGUUGUCCUUGCUUAUAUUUAAAACAUAUAUCAAAAGUUCUAAAGAAAUAUAACGUCAAAACCAGAUUGACCAUUUGUUCAUGCAUAAAUAAAUAAGCACUUUUUGAUAAAACUUAAAAGUCACCUUACUGUUUGAACACACCUCUUAUUACAUAUUUUUGCUAGUUAAUCCAUCAGAUAAAUAAAUAAUAAUACAUUACAAGAAUUGAAUAAAACAAUAUAUUUUUCUUUUCUUUUCUUAGUUAUAAAAUUAUUUUAGUUUUAAUUGGGUGCUGUUGGAAAUAAAGUGCUAGUGUUAUUAUUAUUAUUACAUUGUGUUUUUGUCUAGAUGCCGCAGACAAUAGUACCGUGGGACACGGCGAUGAAUUGGCGUACUUGUUCGAACCCAGAGAUUAUCAAGGUAAUCCGUUACCGACAGAGCAACCUACCGAGGAUGACGUAAAAGUUCAAGAAAUAUUCACGCAGAUCAU